CCCGAACGUCAUCAAACAGCGACUGCGCGUGCCGUCAACACCGCGCAGCAGCUGAGCUAACCUCGCAGCUAGCGGCGAACUUCUGCCUCCGGUGUUGACAGUCUGAACUGAAUGAGGUGCGGUCUCCUGCCUUUGCUGCGUUGUAAGUGCUGCUGCUGCUGGGAUGGGCCAGCAGAUCUCAGGUCAGGCGGUGAUGACCCGUCUGCCUGAGAAGCUGGUGAAACACGUCGGCCUGGUGCGUGACAGCGGCUACGUCACCUACGAGGAGUUCCUGGCUCGAGUGGCCGAGCUCAACGACGUUACGGCCAAGCUGGCUGCUGGACAGCAGAAGCACCUGCUGUUCGAGGUGCAGCCAGGAUCCGAUGCCACAGCCUUGUGGAAGGUGGCUGUCAGGAUCGUCUGUACCAAGAUCAACAAGGAGACUGGUACGGUGGAAGCAUCCCGGAUCAUGAACCUGUACCAGUUCAUCCAGCUGUACCGCGACGUCACCAGUCAGGCCGCCGAGGUGCUGUCUGCAGAGGGCGCCACCGAGGGCCCGUCUGCACAGCUCCCCUCCACAGACUCCUGCCAGGCCAGCAUGUGGAUGGGAAGAGUGAAGCAGCUGACCGAUGAGGAGGAGUGCUGUAUCUGCAUGGACGGAAAGGCCGACCUCAUCCUGCCCUGUGCGCACAGCUUCUGUCAGAAGUGCAUCGAUAAAUGGAGUGGGCAGAGCCGAAACUGCCCGAUAUGCCGCCUGCAGGUGACCGCUGCCAAUGAAUCGUGGGUAAUGUCUGACUUCCCCACAGGGGACGACAUAGCCGGCUACAUCCUCAACUUGGCCGAUGAGGCGGGCCACCCACACAGGCCUUAACACAUAGCACACCGAGACAACGUGAUGGCAGAUUAGGGGAGUCGACCCGUUACAAGUAGACUUUGGGAUACAAAAUGGCACUUUUCACUGAGGAGGAGAUUUUUUCUUUUUUUUCUUCUUUUCUUAAAAAGCUAAU